AUGCGCGUCCGCCGGGGGCUGCUGCGGCUGCCGCGCCGCUCGCUGCUCGCCGCGCUCUUCUUCUUCUCGCUGUCGUCUUCGCUGCUCUACUUCGUCUAUGUGGCGCCGGGUAUAGUGAACACCUACCUCUUCAUGAUGCAGGCCCAAGGCAUCCUUAUCCGGGACAACAUGCGGACCAUCGGUGCGCAGGUUUACGAGCAGGUGGUACGGAGCGCCUACGCCAGGAGGAACAGCAGUGUGAAUGACUCAGAUUAUCCUCUCGACUUGAACCACAGCGAAUCCUUCCUACAGACCACGACUUUUCUUCCUGAAGACUUCACCUACUUUGCAAACCAUACCUGUCCCGAAAGGCUCCCUUCCAUGAAGGGCCCGAUAGACAUAAACAUGAGUGAGAUUGGAAUGGAUGCCAUCCAUGAACUCUUCUCUAAAGACCCAACCAUCAAGCUGGGCGGUCACUGGAAGCCGUCGGAUUGUGUGCCUCGAUGGAAGGUGGCCAUCCUUGUCCCCUUCCGGAACCGCCACGAGCACCUCCCGGUCCUGCUCCGACACCUCAUUCCCAUGCUCCAGCGCCAGCGCCUGCAGUUUGCGUUUUAUGUGGUGGAGCAAGUUGGCACCCAACCCUUUAAUCGAGCAAUGCUUUUUAAUGUGGGUUUUCAAGAAGCAAUGAAGGACCUGGACUGGGACUGCCUCAUUUUUCAUGACGUGGAUCACAUACCAGAAAGUGAUCGUAACUAUUAUGGAUGUGGACAGAUGCCAAGGCACUUUGCAACUAAACUGGAUAAGUAUAUGUAUCUGCUUCCUUAUACUGAGUUCUUUGGCGGAGUGAGCGGCUUAACAGUGGAACAGUUUCGGAAGAUCAAUGGCUUUCCUAAUGCGUUCUGGGGGUGGGGUGGAGAAGAUGACGACCUGUGGAACAGAGUCCAGAAUGCAGGCUAUUCUGUGAGUCGGCCAGAAGGUGACACAGGGAAGUACAAGUCCAUUCCUCAUCACCAUCGAGGAGAGGUCCAGUUUCUUGGAAGGUACGCUCUGCUGAGGAAGUCCAAGGAGCGGCAAGCGGUGGACGGCCUCAACAACUUGAACUACUUCGCGAACGUCACGUACGACGCCUUGUAUAAAAACAUUACCGUCAACUUGACACCCGAGCUGGCUCAGGUGACUGAGUACUGAGCGGAGGGGGGAACGGUCGUUGGCUUCCCCCACCGCCCCCAGGACAGCAGCCCAGGACGCGUCUCGGGGGGGGGGCGCUCCCCAGGGGAAGAGAACAGGAAACCCAGCGCCUCCUGAAGGAUCACAGGGUUCAAGGAAAACAAAAUGUGAACAGAGCACACGCACAAAAACGCCUUCCCCGUCCGGACCCGCCGGGGUAGAGGGAGGCGGCCGGGAACUGACCUGCCCUUUUCACAAGACCGACGUCUGUUCUGCUGCCCUCCUCCCCGGCCUCCCGCCCGGUCGUCGCCCCGUCUCAGCCACGGGCGUCCGCAACCGGAACCGGAACCGGAACCGGAACCGGAAGCGCCCCGGAGCCUCUCCCCCCGCGAGAACGGCCUGGGCAGCUUCUUGGCCUCCAGAGCAGAGAGGCAGACCCGCCGCAGGGCAGCUGUGUUUUAGGAAGAGCAAAAGGAAACUCCACACAACCAUCCUUCUACAUCUCUGGUGUCCCCUCUCUUUCUCUCUUUUUUCUAAAUUACCUGCUUUGGGUGGGGAUUGAGGGUGGAAGGGGAGGGCUUGGG